AAAACACUAACACAAACACUAUUAUUGAUUACUUUAACCAUUUGUUUCACUAAUUGUAUUGAUUUUGAGACAUCGCAACACUUGUUGUGUCAAUACAUUUGAAGACACAAAACAAUGGCUAAGAAGAAGAAGUUUUCGGAUAGAGAUAGAGCGCCGGCGCCGCCUCAGCAACAGACCAGACCCGCCGCCCGACCCGUUGCCGACGAAUCGGAUUUCCCGUCAUUGGGAGGACCCUCACAGCCGGCCCCUCAAGUUGUUGCCCCAAUACGUGCGCCCACCGCUCCCGCGCCCGUCCCCACAGCUAGACCUGUAGUAUCUGUGCCUCAAUCGCCACCCCCUCAGGCGGGUUAUAGCGGCGGUCAGUCCUCAUCGGUCUCUGAAUCAGGUGACCAGAAGGCGCCCGAAAAGCCCACAGAAUUGGCCGAAAAGUUGCAGAAAAAGUUGACUCUUUCAACGCCCAGAAGGAAUCACAGGGCGUUUCCGAAGCGACCCAAAGAUGAAGUGGUCGGACAAUCCGUGGCUCUUCUGACCAAUCAUUUCCUUAUAAAAGUGGGAAAGAAAACUCUUGCUUAUCAUUACGACAUUGAGGUCGAGAGGGCUUUCAAAAAGCCAGUCGAAGACCCAAAUGUUGUCGACAAAGAAGUGGUUGAGUCCACUCUUGCUGUGAAAAAACAAAACAAAUUUAGCCGAAAAAUCGGCACAAAUCUAAACCGAAAGAUAUUCCAGCAAAUGAUCGAAUCGUAUUCACAAACGGCUGGACAACACUUUCACGGCAUUCGCGCCGUAUAUGACGGCCAGAAGAAUAUGUUUACAUCGCGUCAAUUGACUGCUAAUCCCAUUAGAGUUGAGGUAUCGCUGAAAGAGGGCGACAGAACCUCCGACUUCUUCGUCAAUAUAAAACUGGUCGAAACCAAUAAUACAAUUGAUUUGAGUAUUUUGAAUGAUUACAAAGACGGCAAGACGUGCGACGACGAGGCCGUCAAGAAGAGCAUACUCUUCAUUAAUACACUGUUGAGACAUCAGGCGUCCAUGGAUUUGAUACCAAUUGGUCAGUCGAUAUUCACUCGACAACCCGGACAACACUUGAGUCCAGUUCUGGACCUGUCGUAUGGUAUCUAUACGUCUGUUCGCAAUUUGAUGGCCGGACCCACUCUUAACGUCGACCGAUCGGCCGCCGCUUUCAUUAAGCCGACAGAUGUUAAGAUUAUCAUUGAUUAUAUAUUAAAGGGUGAUUUGGGUCUAAUUCCCCGAUUGAGUCCAUACCAAAUGAGAAACAUCAAGAGAGAGUUGUCCGGACUUCAAGUGGAGGCCAAACACAUCUCAUAUCAGGGCUCGACGGGAGAGUAUUACCGCAAAUACCGGAUUAUUGGUCUCUCAGACAAACCCGCGAAUGAGGAGAUGUUCGAGUGGUCUGAGACCGGCAAAGAGACCCGAAGAGUAUCAGUCGUCGAAUACUUUCGUUUGAAAUAUAAUAUCAAUUUGAGAUAUCCGAAAAUGCCGUGUCUUUUGGUGGGAAACCCCACCAAACCGUCUAAACUGCCGCUCGAAGUGUGCAAAAUAGUGUCUCACCAACGGGUCAGGCGUUCGCUAACAAACACCGAGAGAUCUGAAAUGACCAGAAUUUCUGGCCAACAGCAACCACACCAACGAUUUGGCCUAAUUCAGGAUCACGUGAUCAAUCAGUUUCACUCAAACGAAUCGAUUGGUGUGAAAAACAAACAAUUUUUGUUUGAAUUCUCUAUUGAUAUCAGCAAACAAUUACUUACUGUUGGCUCGAAGAUCAUUGCGGCGCCGAGUCUUAAAUAUAGUGGCGAUAAGACUGUUAGUCCGCGAGACGGCGAAUGGGAGAUGUUUGACCGAAAGAACCCCAGAGGGGGCGCCCGGUUCUUCAAAGCCGCCAGUUUGGAGAAUUGGAUUAUUUUGAACAUGAGUUUUGAUCCAGCGUUCAAUGACGAAGGUAUCAAUAUUAUUGGCCGAUUUAGCAAAGAGUUAUGCGAUCAGGCAAAAGAGAUGGGAAUGCGCGCACUACCACACCAACGGGCCAUUAAUAUUCCUAAUUUUCUACCAAUUAAUACCUUCGCUAUGAUUAAGACUAAUAUCUCUAAAAUGCCUCAAUUGAAGGCCAUUUUGUUCAUAACUCCCGUCAAAACGCAUCCAUACAGCGAUGCGAUCUAUAGUGAGAUCAAACUGUUGGGUGACGUUCAGAACGGAUUGACCACUCAGUGCGUAAACGCGGCCAACUUAUGGGACGGCAGGUCUCGGCGAACAAAGUGGAAUCGCAGUUAUUUGCGACAAUUGAUGCUCAAAGUGAACCCAAAGUUGGGCGGCAUUAAUGUGGCGCUUAUGGACUCGGCGUCAAUGCCGGCCAUUUUCAAGAAGAAGAAGUCGCUGAUGAUUGUGGGCGCGGAUGUGAACCAUCCGGCGCCCGGCGAUAAAGUGGAACCAUCCAUAUCGGCAGUGGUCGGCAGUUAUGACGACGACUACUGUAAUUACUAUACGAUCACUAAAUUGCAACCAAAGUCUCGCGAAGAGAUGAUCACACAAUUGGACUCAAUGUUUGUCGAAUUGUUGAAGAAUUAUCAGAAGCACAACAAAUGCCUUCCGGAGAGAGUGGUCUUCUUUAGGGAUGGCGUGAGUGAAGGGCAGUUCCAACACGUGAUUGAUCACGAAUACCCACUUAUAGCCGAAGCGUUUGCCAAGAUUGACGCCAAACACAAACCAAAGAUCACAUUCCUUGUGGCGCAGAAGAGACAUCACACCCGCUUCAUGACCAAAGAGGGCCGUAACGUCGCGCCGGGAACUGUUGUGGACAACGGGGUCACUCAUAAGAGUGAUUUUGAUUUCUAUCUGUGCUCUCAGGCCGGAAGAAUUGGCACUAGUCGUCCGGCGCACUACUAUGUGUUGGCCGAUGAGAACGGCUUCAAAGCGGACGACAUGUGCAAAAUGACAUACUAUUUGUGUCAUAUAUAUCAGCGCUGCACGAAAUCGGUGUCACUUCCGGCGCCUGUAUUCUACGCCGAUUUGGCCGCAUAUCGCGCUAAGGUGCUCAUAAGUGGACUGCAGAGGGGCAGCGAUACCGCAUCAGUGGUCAGUAGUGGUGGUGAAGGCGAUGGUGAAGACGGUGGUGGCGAUGCACCGCAAGAGUUGUAUACGGAUUUGCAGUCAAGAAUUAAUGUCAAUUCCGUCCAAAAAGAGAAAUUGUAUUUUUGUUAAAUCACUAUAAUCUCAAUAAUUUUUCAAUUAUUAUUAUUACACUUAUAUUACUAUUGAGACAUUGAAUAGCCGGCCAUUGGUUUGCCGUAAAUUUAAAGAAUAAGUUUAGUAUAGAAAAUGACUGCCAUUUAUGGGUAGAAUUUAUGCAUUUUGUUCACUCCAUAUGAAAUUUAUUUGUCUCUAUUUUACGCCAAUUCAACGGAAAACAAUUGAAUGUCUGAACAGUAAAUCUAAUUAUAUAUUCAAUGAUCUCUUGAAUGAUCU